GGGAGAUGACGCGGCAUAUACACGGGGAAAACGAAAGUCGCUCUCCUUCCCCACGUGUCGCGCAGCAGCGGCGGGUGGCGGAGGGCGCUAGCUAGCUGGCUGUCUCCGCGCGCACACCCUCACCGUCUGUUACCCCGGUACCGGGGCGAAGGGGAGCUGCUUCGGGAAGGCCGAGGGAAUGGAGCACCUGCGUCUCAGCCUGGCGGCUCCGCUGCAGAUGGUCGCGCAGAGGAACGAGAGGAGCAGCGGCGAGCUCAGCAGGUUCCUCGCCAAACAGAUCUGGAGUCAGCAGGACCGUCAGCACAUCCUCAGUGCCUUAGCACAGUUACUAUUGGAUAAAGAAUGCACACUCCUAAUUGGCCGUCAGUUUCGUCCAAUCUUGCUCGAUUUGAUGGAAAGAAAUGCAGAAACAAUUAAAUCCAGUGGCCAGAUCAACCAUGAUCUUCAUGAGAGACUCUGUGUGGCAAUGAGCAAACUUAUUGGUGACCAUCCAGAUGUGAUGCCAUUUGCUUUGAGAUACUUUAAGGAUACUUCACCAGUGUUCCAAAGACUGUUUCUGGAGAGCUCAGAUACAAAUAUGGUUCGAUAUGGCCGACGACGAAUGAAGUUAAGGGAUCUCAUGGAGGCAGCCUACAAAUUCCUCCAAAAAGAUCAGUCUGUAUUCAGAGAGUUAUGGGACUGGAGUGUGUGUGUCCCUUUACUCAGGAGUCAUGAUACUUUAGUUCGAUGGUAUACUGCCAGUUGUCUCGCACUGGUUACAUGCAUGAAUGAUGAGCAUCGGUUAUCCUUCCUGAAGAAGAUAUUUAAUCCAGAAGAGUUAAUACAUUUCAGACUUAAGCUACUGGAGGAAUCACGGAUGCAGAAUGUUGAGUGUGCCCUUGUCUUGGCCAACCCAGACGCAACCUUUUGGAACAAAGAAGAGGAGUUGCGGUACACUCAGGGAGAACUUGUAUCUGCUGACCUCUCUGCAAAGGUUGUAGCAGUGUGUGGUGUUCUACUCCCUAGACAACAGUUUGGACCAGGAGAAAAUCAGGAGACCAUCUUGAACCAAUUUGUGUUGGUGAAAUCUUCCUGCACAAAUCUUCAGAAUCUCGCUAUGGCUGUAGCUUCACAAAACGCAGUGUUACUCGAAGGACCAGUAGGUUGUGGCAAAACGUAUCUUGUUGAAUACUUGGCAGCCGUUACUGGAAGGAUAAAGCCACCUCACAUUCUGAAAGUCCAGCUAGGAGAUCAGACUGAUAGUAAGACCUUACUGGGCAUGUAUCGUUGUACAGACGUACCAGGGGAGUUCAUGUGGCAACCUGGGACCCUGACCCAAGCAGUGAGCAAAGGGCACUGGAUACUCUUGGAGGAUAUUGAUUAUGCUCCUCUGGAUGUGAUUUCUGUAUUGAUUCCUCUUCUGGAAAAUGGAGAGCUGUUGAUUCCUGGGCGAAGUGACUGUAUUAAAGUAGCUCCUGGGUUCCAUCUUUUUGCAACGAGAAGACUCUUCAGCUAUGGUGGUGGUUGGUACAAACAGCAAAACAGCCAUGCUGCUCUUCUAGAUAAAUACUGGACAAAGAUUAAGCUGAAUAAUAUGCCUAAAGUUGAACUCAGAGAGAUUCUUCAGAGGAAAUAUCCUAAACUUGCUGUAGUAAUUGAUCGCUUGUUAGAGAUUUAUGUUGAGCUUACUGGUGAUAAACAUCUAUUGCAAAGCCAUAUCGCAGGCGAUGAGAACAUAAUGGAAGACACAUCACACUUAUCCGAAAACAAAAAAAGUCUGAGCUUAGAAGGCAGAGAGUUAUCUCUGAGAGACUUGCUGAAUUGGUGCAACAGAAUCGCUUACAACUUUGAUAGUUCUUCUUCCUCUACUGCACUGAAUAUUUUUCAUGAGGCGUUGGAUUGUUUCACAGCUAUGCUGUCCAAGCAAGGAAGUAGACUGAAGAUGGCAGAAAUCAUCGGAAGCCAACUGAACAUUUCUAAGCAUAAGGCUGAAUACUACUGUCAACUUUACAAACCAGAAAUUGCAAUAAGGGAGCAAGAGGUCUCUGUGGGAAGAGUCCAGCUCUUACGGAAGCAAAUUCACGCGCUUCUUGUGCAAAGAAAAAAGCAGACCUUUGCUCCCACACGCCCAUCAUCCGUAUUAAUUGAGCAGCUGGCUGUGUGUGUUGACAAAGGAGAGCCUGUGUUAUUGGUGGGUGAAACGGGGACAGGCAAAACAUCCACUGUUCAAUACCUGGCCCACAUUACAGGGCACCGUUUGAGGGUUAUCAACAUGAAUCAGCAGAGUGAUACUGCAGAUCUCCUGGGGGGCUAUAAGCCGGUGGAUAACAAACUGAUCUGGUUGCCCUUGCGAGAGUCUUUUGAGGAGCUUUUUGCACAGACGUUUUCCAGGAAACAAAACCAGACUUUCUUGGGGCACAUCCAGACAUGUUACAGACAGAAGCGGUGGCAUGAUCUUCUCAAGCUGAUGCAGCACGUACACAAAUCUGCCAUUAAUAAGGAGGCUAAAGAAAAUGGCUCACCAUUGAAGGAAAGGUGGGAAGAACUUGGUAUCCGCUUAGACCAUGCAAAACAACAGAUGAAGAUGACAGAAAAUGCUCUAGUUUUUGCAUUUGUAGAGGGCACCUUGGCACAAGCAGUGAAAAAAGGAGAAUGGAUUCUACUAGAUGAGAUCAAUUUGGCAGCAGCAGAAACUUUAGAGUGUCUGAGUGGUUUACUUGAAGGAUUAUCUGGUUCACUGAUAUUGCUAGAUAGAGGAGACACAGAGCCCCUGGUACGUCAUUCAAAUUUUCGUUUGUUUGCCUGCAUGAACCCAGCUACUGAUGUUGGCAAAAGAAACCUACCUCCAGGAAUACGGAACAGGUUCACUGAACUUUACGUAGAAGAGUUACAAAAUGAAGGAGACUUGCAGAUUCUUAUCAUGGAUUAUCUCAAAGGGCUGAAUGUGAGCAAGAGCGUAGUGCAAGGGAUCGUCAACUUUUAUUUGUCUGUGAGAAAGGAGUGUGAAACAAAACUGGUAGAUGGGACAGGCCACAGACCUCAUUACAGCCUUCGUACUCUCUGCAGAGCUUUGAGAUUUGCAUCAUCCAACCCAUGCUGCAGCAUACAGCGCUCUCUUUAUGAGGGCUUUUGCUUGGGUUUUCUCACCCAGCUUGACAGAAGUUCUUACCCUGUUGUUCAAAGGCUAAUAUGUCAGCAUAUUCUGUCUGGAAACGUGAAAAACAUCCUCAAGCAGUCAUUACCAGAGCCUAAAGGAGGGAGAAUGAUUAAGGUAGAGGGAUACUGGAUUUCAAUUGGCGACAUGGAACCCACCGUGGACGAGACUUAUGUGCUCACAGCUUCGGUUAAACUUAACCUCAGAGACAUCGUCAGAGUUGUAUCUGCUGGGACUUAUCCAGUGUUGAUUCAAGGAGAUACGUCCAUUGGUAAAACCAGUUUAAUACGCUGGGUGGCUGCUGCAACUGGGAACCAUUGUGUUAGGAUUAACAAUCAUGAACAUACUGACAUCCAAGAGUACAUUGGCUGUUAUACUUCAGAUCCAUCUGGGAAGCUGAUAUUUAAGGAAGGUGUCCUCAUUGAUGCUAUGCGAAAGGGCUACUGGAUAAUCCUGGAUGAACUCAACCUGGCACCCACUGAUGUUUUGGAGGCCCUGAACAGAUUAUUGGAUGACAACAGAGAGCUGUUCAUAACAGAAACCCAAGAAACAGUCAAAGCUCACCCAAGAUUCAUGCUCUUUGCUACACAGAAUCCUCCAGGGCUCUAUGGAGGCAGGAAGGUAUUGUCCAGAGCUUUCAGGAACAGAUUUGUGGAGCUGCAUUUUGAUGAGCUACCAAGUACAGAGCUAGAAACCAUCCUGCACAAAAGAUGCCACCUUCCACCUUCGUACUGCAGUAAACUUGUCAAAGUCAUGCUGGAGUUGCAGUCUUAUCGCAGAGGUUCCUCAGUGUUUGCAGGCAAGCAUGGCUUCAUUACCCUUCGGGAUCUCUUUCGCUGGGCUGAAAGGUACCGAUUAGCAGAACAGAUGGAGAAGGAGUAUGAUUGGCUUCAGCAUUUAGCAAAUGACGGAUUUAUGCUUCUGGCAGGAAGGGUCAGGAAACAAGAAGAAGUUGACGUUAUCCAAACAGUCAUUGAAAAACACUUUAAGAGAAAGCUGCACCCCCAGCAUCUCUUCUCAGAAGAAAGUGUAAAGAAGCAAAUGGCUAAAGCAUCUACAUGGACAUCUAUAAUGGGCGAUGAAUUCAGUCACAUUGUGUGGACUAAAGGGAUGACAAGGCUUGCCAUUUUGGCAGGCCGAGCAUUAGAGUUUGGUGAACCUAUACUUCUGGUUGGAGACACAGGGUGUGGCAAAACUACCAUUUGUCAGAUAUUUGCAGCAUUGGCAAAGCGGAAAUUACAUUCUGUGAACUGUCACUUGCACAUGGAGACCUCUGACUUCCUGGGCGGACUGCGACCCGUCAGGCAGAGAUCAAAGGAUGAGGAAUUUGAUGGUUCUAGGCUGUUUGAAUGGCAUGAUGGAGCCCUUGUUUUAGCAAUGAGAGAGGAUGGCUUUUUUCUCAUGGAUGAGAUUUCAUUGGCAGAUGAUUCUGUUCUAGAAAGACUGAAUAGCGUCCUUGAAACUGAAAAGACGCUAGUGUUGGCUGAAAAAGCCAGUGAGGACAAUGAAGUAGAACUGCUGACCGCAGGAAAGAAGUUUCGUAUUUUAGCCACAAUGAAUCCUGGCGGCGACUUUGGGAAGAAAGAGUUGUCACCUGCCUUGCGUAAUAGAUUUACAGAGAUAUGGUGUCCGCAAAGUAACAACCGUGUGGAUUUAAUGCAAAUUGUAAACCAUAAUCUUCAUCCAGGACUCUGCUUUGCCAAACAGAAUGACAAAGGGGCAGAUAUUGCAGGCCUCAUGAUGGAUUUCAUAGAGUGGCUGACCGAUCAAGAAUUUGGACACCACUGUAUCCUCAGCAUCCGGGAUGUUUUGUCGUGGGUCAGCUUCAUGAAUGCUAUGGCGCAAGAUAAACUAUCCAGUUCUUCAGAGGAGCACCAGCUUUUUAGCAUCUGUCCAGUGACAACAUUUGUCCAUGCUGCAUGUCUGGUGUACAUAGAUGGAAUAGGUUCAGGCACCAUGUCCUGUUCAACUGGCUCAGCUGCUUGGGCUCGUGAAAAAUGCCUGAAAUAUUUGUGUGGGAAAAUUUCCCAAGUAGUGCAACUCACUGAGGUUCAGAAGAAUGAGCUGAAAAUAUAUGACCUGAAGAGGGAAAGAGAAAUGGUUUGGAUGGAGAACCACAUAGGAAUCCAUCCAUUUUUCAUACCAACAGGCCCUAUUUACCAGAAGAAGAAUGUCUCAGACUAUGCUCUAAAUGCAGGAACUACGGCAAUGAAUGCACAGCGGUUGUUAAGGGCCUUGCAACUUCACAAGCCCAUUCUCCUGGAAGGCUCUCCAGGUGUUGGGAAAACCAGCCUAGUAGCAGCCUUGGCAAAGGCUUCGGGAAAUUGCCUUGUUAGAAUCAAUCUUUCUGAACAAACGGAUGUCACAGAUUUGUUUGGCACAGACUUACCUGUUGAAGGGGGCAAAGGAGGGGAAUUUGCCUGGCGUGAUGGACCUUUGCUUGCGGCAUUGAAAGCUGGACACUGGAUUGUAUUAGAUGAGCUGAACUUGGCUUCUCAGUCGGUACUAGAAGGCCUGAAUGCCUGUUUUGACCACCGGGCAGAGAUUUACAUUCCUGAGUUGGGAAUGAGCUUCCAUGUGCAACACAAGAAAACGAAGAUCUUUGGAUGCCAGAAUCCCUACAGGCAAGGAGGUGGCAGAAAGGGGUUGCCCAAAUCUUUUCUGAACAGAUUCACACAGGUUUUCGUGGACCCUCUCUCGUCUGCAGACAUGGAGUACAUUGGAAAUUCCCUGUUUCCUGCUAUUGGCAAAAAGAUUAUUGCAAAAAUGGUUGAAUUUAACAACAUGAUUGAUCAAGAAGUUAUGAUUGAGAAGAAGUGGGGGCAUAAAGGUGGACCUUGGGAGUUUAAUCUGCGUGACCUUUUUCGAUGGUGUCAGCUGAUGCUUGUUGACCAGUCGCCCGGCAGUUACGAUCCAGGCCAACACAUGUUCUUGAUAUAUGGGGAAAGAAUGAGAACGAAUACAGACAAGGAGAAGGUAGUAUGCCUAUUCAGGGACAUUUUUGGCCAGGAUGCUGAACCAUAUAUGGGUUCCAGACAGUUCCACAUCACUCCCUAUGACGUCCAGGUUGGUUUCUCAAUCCUCUCCCGCGCAAACUAUGCUCCUCCUCCUGGCAGAAACCUAUCCCUGCUCCACCAUUCACUCCAGCCCUUGGAGUCCAUCAUGAAAUGUGUACAUAUGAGUUGGAUGGUGAUAUUGGUAGGCCCUGCGGCUGCUGGCAAGACCAGCCUCAUUCAGCUUCUAGCAUAUCUGACAGGUCAUCAGUUGAAGAUCAUGCCGAUGAACAGUUCUAUGGAUACAACCGAGCUGUUAGGUGGAUUUGAGCAAGUUGACAUCAUUAGGCCUUGGAAGAGCUUGCUGGAGAAGGUGGAGAACGUUGUAAGCACACUUCUAAGGGACAGCCUCCUCCUCACUGCUAUCUGUCCAGAAGACGCUGAAAUUGUGCUGCGUGCCUGGAGCAGUUUCGUUCUUAAUUUCAAGCCAAAGUCCCUUGGGGAAGAGAAUCAAAACAUAACCAUUGAACUGGUGAACAAAUUGGAGGGAGUCCUUGCACUGGUCCAGCGGCUGAACAACAAGAUCAGCUCCUACUCAAAGCCAGAGUUUUCAAGACUUGUAGAAGAAUUUCGGCACUUCAAGCUGCAGGUUAUUCAGUAUAUGAGUAGCAGCACCCACGGCACAUUUGAAUGGGUUGAUGGGAUGUUGGUUCAGGCUUUACAGUCCGGAGAAUGGCUCUUGAUGGACAAUGUUAACUUCUGCAGUCCUUCUGUGCUGGACCGCUUGAAUGCUCUGCUUGAACCUGGAGGAGUCCUCACCAUGAGUGAAAGAGGAGUGAUCGAUGGCAUAACCCCCACUAUCACACCACAUCCAAAUUUCAGGCUUUUCCUUUCGAUGGAUCCUUCACACGGUGAAAUAUCCCGAGCCAUGCGGAAUCGUGGAAUUGAGAUCUACGUUCCCGGAGAGAGUGGUUCAUUGGAUCUUCACGACGUGAAGCUGCUGCUUCAUGGAAUGGGCUUGUUCGGAAGCAGCAUAUGCGAUGAGCUCGUGGCUGUGCAUACAGAAGCUAAGGAAAGCAUAGCAGGUUCCUCUUACACUCUAUCUGCUUUGAUUAAUGCUGCAACGCUGAUCGUGCAGCAGUUGCGCCGAGGAUUUGGUUUAGCAAAGAGCUUCUAUAAAGCGUGCUGGGACAUCUAUGUCAGUUCACAACAGUCAGAAGACAAUCAAAAGCAUAUGCUGGACUUGAUAAUGAAGCAUGUUUCAGCUUUGGAUUCAGAGGAAACAAGGGAUGCUUCCCUCCUUGCCUUAGGAUUGUGGCCAGAUUCUGCAUCCAGUGCUUUGUUUGCAGCUGAAGACUCUCUGCUUUCUAUGGUUCAUCACGAUGGCCAGGUCCUGGCAUACUGCCUGAACAGGCUGAAUCUGAGAAACAGCAGGACACUGCCUCUCACUAUACAUGACUUUGAGAAAAUUCUCCACUCUCCUAAUCCAGAUUGCCUCAAAUUUGGUGCAGUGGAGACUAGUGCCUCUUGGGCAGAUGGCAUGGAGGUCCUUUCUGCUGCUGUUAAGUUAUUCAUAGAGAAAGCAACGAACCAAGACUGGACGUUGAGAGUUGGGUGGCUUAAUCAGUUAAAAAAGAAUUUGCCACAAGUGCCUGAUUCAGUGUAUACUCAGCUGGAAGCCGGUGCAGCAUCUCUGAAUAAUUUUUACUUCAGUCCCCUCUCAGGUGCCAUCAGUAAUGUAAUAAAGUUGCUGCAACCAAAUAUGACUGAUGAGCAUGUGAUUCCUAUGGAUCCCAGAUGGAACAUGCAGUGUUUGGAUAUCAUUAGCAAUUCAGUGGAUUUUGAAGCAGAAGAGCACUCGGAUCAGCUGCUUAUUCUGCUGAAAUCACUUUCAAAUCGGGCAAUACUGUUUCUGGACCGUGAGAAAAAGAGCUAUGUUGAAAGGAGCUUGAUUAAUACCAAAAAACCAAGAACUAGUGCUUUGAGGAUGUCACUGGAGUUCCAUAAAGAUCCCGGCAGCCACAGCUCACUGCCACAUGCUAUUGUGGUGAACCUCGCAGGCUUUUUUGAACUCUGGGAUGCCUUCGUGCUGAACUGGUUGAAGUCUACUCAAGGGUCUGUGUCUGAUGAAAAAAUGUAUGAAAUACUGCACUGCUUAUUGUGGCGUGACAGGUUUUGGACGAUAUCAGACAUGGUUGCUGUGGAUUCCUCUGGCUUGGCGCUCCUGUCCCUUCACUGGCACUGGGUUGUAAAACAUUUAAUCAGCAGGGCAACGAAGUUGCUGAGCACAUAUGAGCAGCAGAAGCUGCCCAAGGAUAUUCAGUCUGCCUCACAACAAAUCCAGGCUUGCCUAGCCAAUCCUGCUGGUGUUUCUGCUAAUGUUAAGAAGCUGCAGAAGUUUUGGGGAAGACCUCUUCCAUUCAAGGAUGUAGGAGUAGUGGAUGUGUCUGUUCAGUUGCGGAAAAUUUCCAAAGCACUUAAUGUCCAGGAGCUGAGGCCCGCUAUUGGAGAUGGCGAAUGGCAGGAGGAGGUCUGUAUUCUGAAAAUGGCUGCCACAGAGUGGAAAAUCAAGACUGCAUUGCUCCAGGCUCAAGGCCUAAUUCUCAGAGCCAAUAAUUUGAAGGAUGUCGUUUCAGAUGAAUUAUGGGCUCUGGUGAAUCUCCAGCAUUCAAAGCUGAGGAAAGGAGGUGUCUUGCUUGAGCCUCUCAAAGAAAAGCCUGCUGAAGGCAAACAGAUGGAUUCUAGUUUGAUAACUCAGCUCUGCAAUAAGGUGCAACUGUGGCCUGCAAUGGAGUAUCUAGCUGUGCUUUGGCAGUACAAGCUAACCGCUGAUUGUAUAGCUGAGGCUUCCUUGCAAAGGAAUGGUAGCAGUAAACAAUCAAGCCUAUGUUCAGAAAUAAGGCAAUUUAUUGCUUUCUGCCUUAAGUUUACACCAUCUACCUCACAACAGCUUCAAGGCCUUUAUUACUUGUUAGAUUCUCAAAAGGUCUCUGCAGAAGAAAUUUAUCUCGUGUGGUCAGAACUGGUGAAUGCUGCUUUAGUAGCAUUUUGGAGCAGUGUUGUUACUACAAAUCCAGAGCGCUGGUUGACCUGGCAGCCGCUGUCUGUGGAAGAGAAAAAGAUGCCAAAAUCUCUCAUGGACUGUUCUGUUCAGGGUGUGGGUAUUUUGAGUCGAGCCAUUUUCUCCAAGUGCCUCUCUGAAAUUCUAACUAGCAGCAGCAAGUGGAGCCAGUGGGAUGUGACCGGCCUUCCUGUCCUGUCCGCCUCCAACGUCACACUGGGAGAGCGGCUGGAGAGAGCACAGCAGCUUCAGGAAGUCAGCACAGUUCUGUGGACCAACUUGCCCUUCUCUUCCAUGGCUGAAUUUCGGUUUACAGAUUCCAGGUUCCAAGGUGUCAUGUUGCAUAGGCAACUCGUAGUUCUUAAAGGCCUGGUUCCAGCAGAACAGCAAGAGGAAUAUCUCCGGAACUGCGAUAAGGUUUCCUCCAAGAGCCCAGCGGCAUUUCAGUACAUUUGCAAAGUGCUCAGGGAUGCUGCUGCCCGGGAAAUACUGCCUGAGCAGAUUGUCUGCGUCUGGCUGACUUGCUUGCAGCAGUUCUUUGGGCACGAAGGAGGGCUGCAGAAUUUGCCCGAAACGGCUCGGCGAGGCAGUCUCUGGGUCAACCUAGGUCUCCUGCAGAUCCAGCUGUGGCUUCCACAGACCCAGUAUGAUCCAGCGGUGAAAAGAGAAUACAAGCUCAAGUACGCAGAAGAAGAGCUGCACCAUCUAGAAUGUGAAUGGAAGACGCACAAUCUGUCAACUCAGUUACGCACAGGGAAAGAUCUGGAAGAUGAAGCCAUCAGCAACCACAGUCACCCUCACAUUAGGAUGUUAUGCCAAAGAAUCCAGAAGCUGAAGGACCAGAUUGCCAGCCUCAGCCAAAAGCAAGCCUAUAGACCACAGGCUCCUUCGUAUGAGUCAUUGUACAAGGAAGUUCAUCAGUACGUCAGCAGCAUUGCCCAGACUUCAAAAGUCCAGGAUCUCGUGACCCGCCUUCUGCAAUUACUCCAUUUGGAUAAGUCUCAGUCUCUGCAGAUGGUGCAAAACGUCCUCAAUGAAGAGGCAGCCUGGCAGCAGUCGCACCAUCAGUUCAGGAAACGGUUGGCAGAGGACUAUGCCGCCUUCCCUGAUGCAGUCGUCCCACUGCAAGCUGCCAUUUUGCAGAUGCAGCAUGGCCUACGGCUUGUGGCUUCUGAAGUUCAUAGGACGAUGUUCAGCAGUUUUGUCUGCCCAGCCAAGCUUGGCACUCUGGUUGCCUGUCUGCUGUCGUUUCCUUCCGUCAGCGCCACCUUCCCCUGUUACCUUUCCCAUGCGGAUGCCUUGUGCUCUGUGAACGCUCUGGACGUCCUUCAUGGCCUUAAAAGGCUAUCUCUGAAAUACUCCUCUGAGGAUGCUGAUGGGGAGCAGAGGGUAUGCCUCACCCAGGAGCAGCUGCUGGUGAAUGCUUUGUUGUUUCUCCAUUGCCAUGUGCUGUCCAAGGGAGAACUGGAGCACAAAGCUCUGCAGCUAUUUAGGCAUUUGUGCCAGGUAAUUAUAAAUGAAUGGGAUGAACAAGAGCGCCAGGCCCAGGAAGAGGAGGAACAGAAGAACAGUCUUUACAGAUACAGAACCAAGAGCCAUGGGAGUGGCCUCAGUGAAGAAGAGGAAGAAGAGAGAGAGUUCAGGAGGAAAUUCCCUCUGCAUGAGAAGGAUUUUGAAGAUAUUACAGCAGAGGCAAACCUCGAGGGGAAAAUGGAAAUGAAUGACGGUUUAGAAAAGGAAGCAGUUUGUGAAAAAGCUCUUCUUUCUCUUCACUCAAUGAAAACAGUCAUGACGGUUCAUCAGCAGCUGUGCCUUUACUUUGCUCGGUCCUUGUGGUAUCAGCAAAGCCUGUCCUCCCAUCAGGCGAAGCACCAUUUGAACACAUUCCUUUCCUGUUACCAGACUGGUGCUUCGCUGGUAGCUCACUUCUAUCCUUUGAUUGGUUCUGAAAUGAACGAUAAUCUCCAUGGCAGCCAACUUCUAGCUAGCACGAUACUGCACAAUACACUUUUUGAACAGGGGGCUUCAGAACUAGUCCUGCAAAAUGAAGGGCCGUAUGACUUUUAUCACCAUCCUAAUAUUCAGCAAGUGCAACAGUGUCAACAUGUUCUUGAAAACUUCACAAAAGAGGUGAAGGCACUAUUGCAAGAAUGGCCAGAACACCCUGCGCUUGUCCAGCUUUUGGUUGUACUGGACAGAAUCUGUAGUUUUCCACUCUCCAGUCCCCUUUCGAAGUUCCUGAAUGGCUUGGAAAUUCUGCUGGCCAAGUCCCAGGAUUGGGAGGAGAAUGCUAGUCGAGCUGUCUCUCUUAGGAAACAUCUGGAUUUGGUCACUCAGCUGAUCAUCCAGUGGCGUAAACUGGAACUGAACUGUUGGUCUGUUAGUCUGGACAACACAAGGAAACGUCACACAGAAAAGUCAAUGAAACACUGGUUUUCAAUCUAUCAGAUGAUUGAGAAUUAUAGGCAAGAACAGACAGAGAAGAAAACUGAAGAUGUGAAUUUAAAAGCACUGCUCGGCACACUGCAGGCUUUCAUAGAAGGGUCAACAUUGGGGGAGUUUGACACACGGCUUCAGAUGCUGCUGGAAUUCCACUGCCAUGUCUUGCUGAUGCCACAGGUGGAAGGAAAUGACAUGCUGUGCAAUGUAUUAUGGAAUCUGUACAAUUAUUAUAAGCAGUUUUCAGAAUGUGUCCAAACCAGGCUAACUGAACUUCGGCAUCCGAUAGAAAAAGAAUUGAAGGAAUUUGUAAAAAUCUCUAAGUGGAAUGAUGUCAGCUUUUGGGCUAUAAAACAGUCUGUGGAGAAGACACAUAGGACACUCUUCAAGUUUAUGAAGAAAUUUGAGGCUGCUCUCAAUGAACCCUGCCGCUCUGCCUUGGUGGAAACAGCAAAAGAAGGGCAACUUGCUACUUUGCAGGAAGCAGAGACAUUGGGCAACCAAGAAACUAAAAUUCAGAGCCUGAACAACAUAUUAAGAAAAAAACUGGCUGCUAGGUCUGAUUCUGCUCAGGUUGCGCACUUAGAGGAUAUCCAGGGAGACAUUUUUCACCCAGAGUCUCUUCAGGGCCGCUUACCCAAACUUACGAAGAGGAUGGAGAAGAUAUGUACAUCUCUCGUGAAGAACAACUCGUUCUUGGAUCUGGUGGAGAGCCUUGACAAUUUCACAGGUGAUAUAAUUUCCUCUUCCCACGAGCUGCAGCAUAUGUCUGUAAAUCCAGCUGCAGACAAGGAAAAGCAGAAGUCCGAGGCCAAACAUUUACUUGUGCAGAAGCAGAGGGCCCUAACAGAGCUCUUUAAAAACCUUGCUAAUACAGGGUUGUCAUAUCGCAAAGGCCUUGCUUGGUCUCGUUCAAAAACUUCCCAAGACCUGCUUUUCCUUCACCCGUUGGAUUUGAGCAGUGCAUUAGCCUUGGUUAACUGCACACAGAAACUGGACGCAACGUUGCUCUCUGAGAUCUCUUCGUCCUGGGAUGGAUGCCAGAAAUACUUCUAUAAGUCUCUCGCACGCCACUGUGGGCUUCAGACAGCAUUAUUGGCACCUUCAAAGGAAAUUGGACUGGGCACCGUUGAGCGAUGCAAAGGAUUCACAGCACACCUUUUGAAGAUGCUUGUCAAGCAGAGGGGCUCCCUCACUGCCUUGACUGAGCAGUGGAUCAUCCUGAGGAACCUUCUGAGCUGUGUGCAGGAGAUUGAUGCCAGGUUAAACGCUGCCUGUGAAUAUGAAGUGCCGUUUCCUCCUCAAGACGGUGUUCAGCAGUGGACAGAGAGGCUGCAGUACCUUUCCAUGCAGUGUGUGGUGGUCCUGGAGCAGCUGUCCUGGUUUAUGGAGUGCUGUCCAAAAGGCCAGUCCUUGAAUGCUUCCAGGGCAGACUCUGAAGCAACUGAACUGAAUUCCCCUUGUGUUCUGAAGUCCAUGCCCGGUUUUAACCCUCCAGAGCUACAAUAUUCCACUCCAAUAGCUGCAGAUCAGCUGCCUGCCGGAUGCAAGAUGCGAAAGCACGACCCGUUGUUUCAGAAGCUGAUUUCAAACGUCAAAGAGAUGCUGCUGGAGGUUAAGGCAGUAAAAUCAGACGUGGACAGAAUCCGACAACUGUCUUGUGAGACUCUCUUCCAUUCCUGGAAAAGCUUUGAAGUGUGCUUUUCAGGGAUAGAAUGUUUGCUGAAGGUUUCAACCCAACUGCAAGAUAUAGAGUCUUUCUUUGUCCUACCUGAGAUGGAAGCCAAUCAAGUUUCAACACGGAUGGCGUUAAUCAGAAGUCUUGUGUACAUCCAAGGAGAAAUUAAUAGAAGUGUGGAUGACUUUGCCAUUUGGAAGACACAGCUCUUCAGUUCAAUUUCACACUGUAAUGGGAACCAAAAGUCAGAUGAUGGAUUUGUAGAACUCUACUCAGAACAAGUAGAGCUUGCAAUCCAAGCUAUCCUGGGUGCAAUUCAGUGUUUGGUAGAAAGGAAAAAGGUAAAAGAAGAUGACACCUCCCAGAAGGAGGAUGGGGAAGAAUCCUUGGUUGACAGGCUCAAGGCAGGGCAUUUAACUAAACUCUUGGAUGAAGACAUCUGUGCAGAUGUGAAUUCUCUACACGUGCAGAAAAUCAUUUCGGUUAUUUCAGAACUCCUGGAGCGACUAAAAUCCUAUGGCGAGGAUUACACUGAAUACAAGUGCAAGCUUUUCAAUCAAUCCUGCCACUUACUGGUGCGUCUAAUGCCAAUACUUUACAAGUAUUCCAACAUCAUCCUCUUCUACCUCACUGUUACCUUGGCUACACAUAGGAGCACUGGGAAAUUGCUCUCUGUUCUAGCUAACAUAUUUACAGAACUGGCCCAGAAGGGGUUUUGUUUACCAAAAGAGCUAAUGGAAGAUGCUGGAGGAGAAGGAGGAACAGAAUUCCAUGAUUACGAAGGAGGUGGCAUUGGGGAAGGGGAAGGCAAAAAGGAUGUGAGUGACAAGAUAGAAAGCGAAGAGCAGGUAGAAGAUACUUACCAGAAGGGUCAAGAAAAGGAGGAUGAAGACCCAGAAUCCAAACCAGGUAUUGAAGGAGAGGACAAUGCAAUUGAAAUGUCAGAUGAUUUUGAAGGAAAAACCUACGAUGGGGAGCAAGAAAACCAAGAAGAAGACGACAAAUCUGACGAAGAGUUAGACAAACAGAUGGGAAAUCUUGGAGAGGCUGAAGCUGACAAAUUGGAUGAGAGGCUUUGGGGAGAUGAUGAUGAGGAGGAGGAAGAUGAGAGUGAUAAUGAGAAUGAUAAUAUAACAGAAACGGGACCAGGAAUGGAUGAGGGCGAUUCAGAACUUGUGGCAAAAGAUGACAACAUGGACAUUGACAACAAAAAUGAUAAGAAAUCUCCCAAAGACAAAGAAGAAGAGAAGCAACCAGAUGGUGGUGAAACCAAAGAGAAAGUCCAUGAGCAAAUAGAUGAGCGUGAAUAUGAUGAGAACGAGGUAGACCCUUAUCAUGGAAAUCAAGAGAAACAGCCUGAAGCUGAGGCAUUGGAUCUUCCUCAGGACCUGAACUUAGAGAACGGAGAGAAAGAUGACGAGGACAAGGAAGAAGGAGGAGGAGAAAAUCCUUUUGAGAUUGAGGAGAAGACGAUGGAUGUAGAUGAAAAAGAACUUAAGGAUUCUGAAGAGACGGGAGAGGAUGGUCUGGAUCCUGAGCAAGCUGAGAAAGAGUCCUCUGAAGAUAAAGGUGAAGGAGAAGAUAAAAUGGAGGAAGGAGAAACAAAGGAUGAGGAAAGCGCAGGGCAUCCCGAAGAUGCAAAUAUGGAGGAAGAAGCAGAGGCGCCAACAGAAGACCCAAGUGAAUCUCCUGAGAAAGAGGGAGAAAAAGGCAUCUCUGACCAAGGCCUUAAUUCUCAGGAAGAGGAGGAUAUCGAUAACCCUGUCAAGGACGAGGAGCUGCCUGAUGCCGUUGAGAGAAUGGAACAUGAAACUGAUGGGCAGGCAGCAGAGGAGAACCUGCAGAGCGACACGGCUGUGGAGCUGGCUGGAACUGCUUCUGAGAAGGACCAGGCGAAAGAGAGACAUGGAACUGGAGCUGCUGACGCAAAUCAGUCAGAAGGACAUGAAUCUGAGUUAAUGGCACGACUGGCUUGUCGGAAACAGAGCAGGAAAAAUACACAGAGUUUUAAGAGAAAGCCUGGCCAAGCCAACAAUGAGCGCUCAACGGGGGACCACAGUCAACAAGUUCACAAGCGGCUGAAAACUGUUGAAUCCAGCAGCGAAGCAGAACAGGCGCAGAUUCAGCCAGAACAACGAAACAUGGGAGAAGCUGAUGUGUUUGAGCACAUUAAGCAAGGCAGCGAAGCCUACGAUGCACAGACCUAUGAUGUAGCCAGUGAAGAACAACAGAAAACAACCAUGCCUGUCACUGAAGACAAUGAGGAACCAGUUUCUGAAGAUGUAGCUAUGGAAACGGAAGCUCAGAAAGAUGAGGAUCUUAGAAUGGUAGAGGCAGAGAAACUGAAUCCAGAAGUAAAAGCAUCUAGUGCUGCUAAAUCUGGACCUGAGGAGGUCGAGUUGGACAGCCAAGCCCUCAAUUCUGAAGAAGACGAAGAGCGUGGAACAGAAAAAUCGCCAUUGGAAGUAAAGCCCUCAGAGAGAGACAAAAACACUACCAUACAUACUGCCCAUCAGUUCUUGAGGGAUACCUCCAUCCAGUGCAUUGUUAAGGAUCCUGAAGAGCUAAGACGAGAACUAGAGAAGCAACUGGAAAUUUGGCAGAGUGGAAACGCUGCUGAGGAAAAGGCAGCAGCAGAGAUGUGGCAGAGGUAUCUUCUCCUCACCGCACCACUUUCACAGCAGCUCUGUGAGCAGCUGAGACUCAUACUGGAACCAACUCAGGCAGCCAAGCUGAAAGGGGAUUAUAGAACAGGAAAAAGGCUGAACAUGCGCAAAGUAAUUCCAUAUGUUGCCAGCCAGUUCCGAAAAGAUAAAAUUUGGUUACGGAGGACCAAGCCCAGCAAAAGGCAGUACCAGAUCUGCUUGGCCCUUGAUGACUCUGCCAGUAUGGUAGACAACCACUCUAAGCAGCUUGCUUAUGAAUCCCUGGCAGUGAUUGGAAAUGCUUUGUCUCUCUUAGAAGUGGGGCAAAUUGCUGUGUGCAGUUUUGGAGAGGCUGUUCAGCUGCUACACCCAUUCCAUGAACAAUUCAAUGAUCAAUCGGGAACGAGAAUACUCCAGCUGUGCAAAUUUGAACAAAAGAAAACUAAAAUAGCUCAGUUCCUAGAAUCCUCAACAAAUAUGUUUGCUGCAGCACAGCUGUUCUCUCAAAGCAUUAAUCCAGAAACUGCUCAGCUACUCCUAAUAGUGUCAGAUGGAAGAGGUCUUUUUCUCGAAGGCAAAGAACGUGUCACGGCAGCUGUUCAGUCUGUUCAGAAUGCAAAUAUCUUCGUCAUUUUUGUAGUGUUGGACAACCCUAAUUCACGGGAUUCCAUCUUGGACAUUAAAGUACCUGUGUUCAAAGGCCCUGGGGAAUUGCCAGAAAUCAGGUCAUACAUGGAGGAAUUUCCCUUUCCUUUCUACAUCAUUCUGAGAGAUGUGAAUGCCCUCCCAGAGACCCUCAGUGACGCAUUGAGGCAGUGGUUUGAACUGGUGACUGGUUCAGACAACGUGUAGAAUUUGGCAGGUCAUGUGAACAUAUAGUUGCCAGUUAAUGGCAAAGGUCAUCAACUGAGUUGCUGUUCAGACGGGCCAGAAAUUAUACAGUAACAUAACAUGAUUUUUCCCCCUUAACAGUGCAGGAGACUAUGCAAACCAUGUGAACAAAAAGACUGUUCACUUUCUUGCCUAUAUCUGAAAACAGUGGAAAACCAUAUCCUGGUUUUUUUUACUCUUUGUAUAAUUUAUUCUUAUUUCCAUAUCACUAAGAAAUAAGUGGUUCCCAAGACUAUUUUCUAUAGUAGUAAGAAACUAGUUUCCUUCUGAGAGGAAGUUGCAACUAGAAUGAUUAACUAUAGUUAAAGAAUAUUUGUCUGUUUUGGGUCACAUGUGUGAGUGGGACCCUGUAUUUGGAGGAAGGGUUGAAUUUUACACAACCAAAAAACACCACAACAACCACAAAUCCUACUUGAAUACUUGAAACUGUCGCUGAACAGUUGCUGGUUUUAUGAUAAUGCUGGAAGAGUAGGUUUUUUUAGGAAAAGACUCCGUGUUAUCAUUUUACACUGUGAACUUUGCCCUCUGUUCAAGGGAAAUAGUGAUAAACACAUUUUAGUAUCCUGAAAGCAUGCCCAAGGCUCUUUCUGUCGUCUCCUAUUCCCUGCCCCCCCCCCAACUUUUUUCAUUGCAAAUGCUAUG